GAUCAGUCGUGUAAGGAAUUUGACUCAAACCAAGAUUAAUGUCAGCUCUGCCAGAAGAAAUGACUUUUUCGAAUUUAACUGUUUCAGCCAACAAUGGCACACAAGAUGAGGACUUCUACAGACCUUUUUCAGUUUUCAGUGUUUUAAUAUUAACUUUGCUUGCCAUGUUAGUCAUUGCCACGUUUGUAUGGAAUGUACUCGUCCUUGUUACAAUUCUCAGGGUAAGAACAUUUCACCGUGUCCCCCACAAUCUUGUUGCUUCAAUGGCCAUCUCAGAUGUGAUGGUGGCUGCCCUUGUGAUGCCUCUUAGUCUAGUUCAUGAGCUCAACAGCAGGCACUGGAAACUGGGGCGAGUUCUAUGCCAAGUGUGGAUCUCUUUUGAUGUCCUCUGCUGCACAGCUAGCAUCUGGAAUGUUACAGCUAUUGCCUUGGACCGAUAUUGGUCAAUUACCAGACAUUUAGAGUAUACACUAAAGACAAGGAAACGAAUAUCCAAUAUUAUGAUUGUGAUGACCUGGGUUUUGUCUGCAGUGAUUUCGCUUUCACCCUUGUUUGGCUGGGGAGAAACAUAUUCAGAGGAGGCUGAACAAUGUCAAGUUAGCCAGGAACCAUCAUACACCAUAUUCUCAACAUUUGGGGCUUUUUACCUCCCACUUUGUGUUGUUCUAUUUGUAUACUGGAAAAUUUAUAAAGCAGCAAAAUUUAGGAUUGGAUCCCGUAAAACAAACACUAUUACACCCAUGGCUGAAGUGGUUGAGGUUAAGGAGGCCUCCCACCAGCCACAGAUGGUAUUUACAGUCCGGCAUGCAACUGUCACCUUUCAGACUGACGGGGAUACUUGGAGGGAGCAGAAGGAAAGGAGAGCUGCGCUGAUGGUUGGAAUUCUCAUUGGAGUCUUUGUUCUUUGCUGGAUCCCAUUCUUCAUCACCGAGCUUAUUAACCCUUUGUGCUCUUGCGAUAUCCCACCAAUCUGGAAAAGUAUUUUCCUGUGGCUUGGCUACUCCAACUCCUUCUUCAACCCUCUCAUUUACACGGCUUUUAAUAAAAACUAUAACAAUGCCUUCAGAAACCUUUUUUCUCGGCAGCGUUGAGAAGAAUUACUGUUUUCUGCAUUCUGUUUCUUGAAUAUAAACGGACAAAGUCUUCAAUGGCAUAUUUUAUAACAACUAACUGUAACUGUGUAUAAUGUAUGUGAAUGUUACAAGCCCAUUGUCACUGGAUUCAUGGCACUAUUUAUAUUUUUAUUAAAAAAUGUUUUUUUUUAUUUAAAUAUUUAUUCUGUUCUUUUAACUCAUUAUCUUAU